AUGGAUGGUGUUGAAUUUUACCGCGGUCACAGGAGUGACGUUUCUCGGUCACGGAAUAAUUCUUUGAGAUAUGAUGAGAUCGGAGAAAUAAAUUCCUCCAAAGAUUAUCAUAACAAGAUAAAUUAUUGUCAUUUUUACAAUGGCUCUAACUUUAAUAAUGCCAGCGUCAUGUAUGGAAAUUCUGGAAACGAAACAGCAUACAAAACUUAUCUUCAAUUAUUUUUACAGACUGAGCGAGAGGUAGAAAAUACUUCCGGCAGCAUAAAAUCGCUUGAUUCUACCGGCAAACAGAAGAGUUUUCGACGCCUCAUUACCAGGUUUGCCGAGAAAACAUCGAUGCAAGGUGUCCCUUACAUUAAUAAUGCAAAGUUUUGGUGGGCAAGACUAAUUUGGUGUUUUAUGUUGCUUGUUGCCAUUGUCGCAAUGUCUUUGCACCUUUGGUAUCUUAUUAACCAAUACACAGACUAUCCUGUACAGACAAAAAUUUCGUUAGGAUUCCAGACUCUGAAAUUUCCCGAGAUUACUUUUUGUAACGCAAAUGUCAUGCACAAAGGGCAUUUAGACAAAUACGACGGAGCUGAAAAGUUAAAAGAGCUUCUUGAAAACUUGCAUCCAGAAAACCUUGUACCUGAUCAGUAUGAUCCCAGCUAUAAUCCACACGCACCGAAAAGCCCACCUCCAGAUAAUGAACAAGGCGGUGAUUACCUGGGAAAGGACGGACCUUCACAAGGAGGGUCGAAUUUACCAGGGGGUCCGCAAAGCGGUAGUGAUUCUGAUUCUCAAAAAACACCAUCUAGAGGCAAACGUUUUAUUGAGAAGUACAAAACGUUCAAUAAAACUCUGUUUGACGGCAAAGAACGUCCUAACCUUCGAGAAAACGAGCCGAAAGAUAAACAUGCUUUCGAUGGAGAACUUGAUCACAGGACAGAGAUUGAAGAAUUCUUUAAAUGGCUGUUUAUGUCAAUUAACAAACAGGAGAGAGCUGAACUAGGCCACAAUAUAUCAGAUAUGCUGAUCAGCUGUACGUUUAAUGGAAGAAUGUGCUCUUCAAAUAUGUUCAAACUACAUCAGACGACAGAAUAUGGUAAUUGCUGGUCAAUUAGCUCUGACAAAUUUAAAGUGAAACAUCCUGGACCAUCUGGAGGGCUAACAAUGGUGUUUUAUCUUGAAACUGAGGAGUAUUUAAAAGGUCUGACGACAGGAUAUGGUGCUAAGAUUCAGAUACAUGAGCAACGUACAUAUCCUUUCCCUGCAGAAGAAGGGCUGUUUAUUCCAGCUUCCAUGGAGACAAAUAUUGGCCUAAGAAUGAGAUCAAUUUCACGAGAAAACGGAUUAUAUGGAAACUGUAAUAACGGGCUGGAGCUGGAGAAAUCUACACGGUAUAAAUAUACUAGAUCGGCAUGCCAGUACCUUUGUUUGACUGACGAAAUAAUUGACAAAUGCGGCUGCUUUGACGAAAGGUUGGAGGAAAUGGCGUUGAGUAGAAAUGAUGAGCUCCGACCUUGUCGAAGUCAGACUGGCAAAUGUGCUAUUUUUCAGAUGAUAUUACUGCAAGGAAUAUGCGACAAAGACCCGGAUGAAUGCGUUUUAUUGAGAACAUUUGUUGAUAAUCCAGUAAAAAUGAAUAAAAACUUCUUGAAGCUUAAUAUAUAUUAUGAAGAUCUGAACUAUGAGAAUCUCACAGAAGUUCCGGAAAUAGAGGUUCAGCAGUUUCUUUCUGACGUGGGCGGAGCUAUUGGUUUAUGGAUAGGUCUGUCAAUACUGAGCCUUUGUGAACUUGUCCAACUAUUUGUUGAGUUAUGUGAUUACGGUAUACAUAAAACAAUUAAGGAAAAAAGAAAAGGAAGAAGACAACGUCGGAAAGGUAAAAGAAACCUUGCCAACGGUACUUCAAAACAUCGAAAUGAUUGGUCAGGAAACAAUUUUGACCCGGACACAAUUAUACCUCCAGUCGAUUUGCCAAAAAGACAGCCAAACGAUAGCUCCAAAGAAUAUUCGUACACCGGAAGUGACGUCAUGUAUGACCGUCCGCGUACGGAAAUUGAUAACAAACCACAGUACUCAUAUUUAAGGCACUGAUGAUAUGGUAUCUUAAGUAGCGUUCCACGUCUUUGACAAUGAUAUUGUAGUUCUAUUUGAAUGGACAUCUCAAUUUACUUUUGUAGUUCAUUUGAAAGAAAAAUUUGGAUCGUGUGUAUACAUUUUUAAAAAGGACACAUAAAUCAUCUAUUAACAUUUUAAACGUCAAAAUCAAUCUUACAAGCCGCUUUUGUUCUUAGUAAUAGAUGUUGUUAAUACAGUUUUGUAUAUAAUCUGAGCAAAUCGCAAAACAUAUAAUGUUUUUAUCGUCAUAUUACUUUUAAAUGUUACUUUGUUUUAUCGAUAAAUCGCUUUAUA